AGUAUACAUUGUAACACGGAAGUUACAACUUUCCAUAUUUUUUAAUUGCUCCGGCACAUACUUACAUUUAAAAUUUUAACAAGAGGUAAUCUUAAAAGAAAUAUUUUUUUACUCAGUUUUUGUCAGUGGUUACCAAACUCAUGUCAUGUUUUUACGUAAGCUCGGUCGUGCGGUUACGUCAGUGGCGUUUCGACAUGUAGCAUGAGGAGCAGACUCUCAUUGAGACACCUUGUUGGCUUUUUGGGUGGAAAUCCCUCGCCUUUUGUCCGCCUGACUGCGUGCAAACGAAGCGUCCUUGCAGACUUCCUCAGCAGGAAGUCGACGUGUGACAGCGCAAGCAUGGACCUCAGCGACAUGAGGAAGAAAUACAAGGGGGACGAGGAGUGUUUCGAGGAGAACCAGCUGGCGUCUCUGGACCCGAUCAAGCAAUUUGGAAGCUGGUUCGAUGACGCCACCAAGUGUCCUGAGAUUGGAGAGGCCAACGCCAUGUGCAUCGCCACGGCGACCAAAGACGGACGCCCGUCGGCCCGCAUGGUUCUUCUCAAAGGCUACAACAAUGACGGCUUCCGAUUCUUCAGCAACUACGAGAGCCGUAAGGGACAGGAGCUGGAAAGCAACCCUCACGCAUGCUUGGUCUUCUACUGGGAGCCUCUCAACAGACAGAUCCGCAUCGAGGGCGAGGUGGAGCGCAUCCCCUACCAGAGCUCCUGCGAGUACUUCCACUCGCGGCCAAAGAGCAGCCAGAUCGGCGCUGUGGUGAGCAGACAGAGCACGCCGGUUCCCAACAGAGAUUAUCUGAGGGAGAAGAAUGCAGAGCUAGAAGAGAAGUACAAGGACACACAAGUACCCAUGCCAGACUACUGGGGGGGCUACGUGGUGAAGCCUCACCUGAUGGAGUUCUGGCAGGGUCAGACCAACAGACUCCACGACCGAAUCGUCUUCACCAGACUGGAGGCUGACGCCGAGCUGGGCGAGUACCAGCGCCGCGGCGAGGGUGGUUGGGUUUACCGGCGCCUGUCUCCGUAAAGGAGCGCCCUCUGCUGGUGGACACCCGCCCCCAAAAAAACCAACAUAUCCUGACCUCGCUUAGCAUCAGUGGGUGCUUACUUUCAUACUUGAUUGUUGACAUGUUAUGGAAGUUGAGGUGUUGUAAGUGUUCUAAUUGUAUGUUGACGCUCUUGUUAAUUUGUGUUGUGUCAAUCUAUCAGCAAGUAUAGAAUGUGUAUGGAUGAAUAUGAAUGAAUACAUGAACAUGUAUUUAAUGUAUGUACUGAAAUAGUUGUGAUAUUUCAAGCACAAAUAACAUUACUUUUUAGACAUAAAUAUUUUAAUCAGCUUCAGUUUCGAUCAUAAAUACCUGAUAUUUGAUUGAUUUCACAAUUUUAACCUGUAAGACUGAAGUUGAUCAAAAGAUAUGACAAAUAUGAUAGCUGAAGACGUCUUUGUCCCUUAAUGGUAGCAAUUCAAAUAUUUAGGUUACGUUGCGUAACAAAUAAAUGUGUUAUGAAAAAUGCACAUUCAAGUUGUCAAAUGGUCAGUGUUUCUUAUGAGUUUUAUUGGAAUAAAAAUGACAAAAAACCUCAUCGGUUUUAGGGGGAAAAAUGCCCCAAAAGGUAACUGGUAUCAGUAGGCCUGUCACAAUAAUAAAUUUCGCUGGUCGAUAAUUGUGCUACAAAUUAUCGGCGAUAAUCGAUGUUAUCGACAUUUUUUUUAGACAAUUUUUUUCAUUAUUGUCAUGAGAGGUGUAAUUCACAUUUGAACCACUAGAUGGUAAUCCAGUUCAGUGUACCUGUGUGAGCCACAUUAGCUUGGCAAAGAAGUUACAUUAAGUGUACGUAUGUUAUGUUUAAAAUGUAUGCCAUGUAACCAUAUUGAAUGUUUGCAUUUCUUUUGCAAUGUAGCGGCCGACAUUUUGCACUGUUUUGUUCAUAUUUGCCGACCAAACGCCUCAGUAAGAAAACUGUCCAUGUCGGUCAUCGGCAUUCAUGCGCUCACCUUGUUCAUUUUGUUUGAAACCGAAAUAUUCCCACACCGGGGCUGUCGGCCGGGGCAUUCGCCUCAGAAACCAUCGCUUCUGUGCCUUCAUUCAUGUUGGCGGUUGCUGGCUCACAAAGCUAACUGCUAACCCUUUGUGUCCACUCACUAGUAGCCCCGCCUCCACAAAGACGCUGAAUGAGGGGGCAGGAGGGCUCUCUCUCUCUCUCCAUUCAUUCCACUAUUAAAAACGCACACAGACAGAUGCAGAGUGAACCCUC